AUGACAUCAAGGGCGAAAGGUCCUCUUGCCCUCCUGAGUCUGGCUCCGACUCUGGCUCAGCAACUGCCUGGAGUACUGACCACUCUGCCAUCCGAGGAACUUGUGGACAUUGACUGUUUGGAGGUGCGCAGUUUACACGUGGACUGGGCGAACAUCAGGCCCUUUGACCGUUGGCCGCUGGAGGACGCAGUUGAACCGAUUUGA